UAAUCCAAUGUGAAGUGAAGGCAAGUGGAUUGUUGAAUUAAACGUAUUAAGAACUGAACAUUGUGCUAAGAAAACCAAUUAACUAUUAUCGCACAAAAUUAUUGAAAUAUGGAGGAAACACACAUUAACAAUUUUGCUUUAUCCUUCACCAAUAACGUUCUAAGCUAUUGCGGGCAAGACUGUAAAAAAAUUCCACCGGCCUUACAGAAAAUGUAUGGUGCCAAAGUGAAAUGUUUAGAUCUAAGUUACAACAGUAUCGAAACAUUAAAGGGUCUCGAACAGUUCGCGAGGCUGGAGGAGUUGAUUUUAGACAACAAUCAGUUGAGUGACGGAAUCAAGUUUCCAAAGUUGCCAUAUUUAAAAACUCUGUCCCUCAAUAAUAAUCAGAUAGCCAAUUUGGAAGAUCUCGUUGAUAAAAUAAGGGAGAACUUCCCCGUGUUGUCUUACCUCAGUCUUCUAAGUAACAAAGCGUGUCCCAACCAACUUUCCGACGUUGACAAAGACGACUCCGACUACCAAAGAUACAGGUACUAUGUAAUAUACAAGAUACCGCACCUACGUUUUUUGGACUCACGUCGCGUCACCACCACUGAGCGCAGGGAGGCGGCAGUGCGCGGUGAGUUCAUGAAGGUUCGGAGACCACCAGACGUACCGGACGCUGGACCCUCGAUUGCUUCACCGGUCGUAGCCGCCGGAGGUCAACGACCCCUGCCUAUUGAUCUCUCCGCGGUGGGCAAACACAAAGGUGCCUACGGUAAAUGUCUAUACAAGUACACGGGCAAACAUUCAGAAGGAAACAGAUUUAUUCUCAACAGUGAUUUGUAAUCGAAAUAGUUUUAUAAAGAAAUAAUAUAAUAAUAUCCUUUACUUUUUAAUUAUUUUUUUUUAUUUGAUACCUAUCACUCGUAUAAGUCGAAAAUUGGGUGACCCAUUCGUAAUUUCUAACCAAAAAAAAAUGGUGUGUAUUGUUAAUCCGAUAGGCAACAAGUUGCUGAAGUGACAACAUUCACCUACAACAUUGUAAACCAUGGGCUCGUUUGCCUUCAAUGGUAUUUAACAGAAAAAAAAAACGUAAAAAAUUAACCUAAAAAAAUAUUAAAUUGUUUCAAAACAGAAUCUCAUGUAUGGUUACAAAUAAUUAGUGCACUGUCAUUUUGGGUUAAGCGUCGUUUCUUUUUCUUUAUAUUAUGUUACUUAAACGGUUUUAGCUAAAAUAAAAUUACUUAUCGGUUGUCUAUUGUACUUACCUAUGUUUUGUACCCAAUAAUAAAUUACAAAUGGGUUAUGCAUUAUUCUUUUUGCACAGGAUUUAUCAAAUUUAUUCUAAUUGAUAAAUGAAAUAUACGUAUUAUAUAAUACGCAUUUAAUGUCGUGUGAUGAAUAUUAUUAAUUAUUGUUCGUAAGAUUAAGCAUGUUCAAUGGAAAAUUGAAACAUUCCAUAUUUUUUUUUAAUAAUUUACAUUUUUAUUUUAUUGUGUUAUACCAUUUCUUUUAGAAUUAUGUGACUGAAACAAAUGAAGGAUUCCAUAUUUAUUUUGGCAUUCCGAAAUUAAUUGUCUUCAAGCAUUUUGAUACGUUGUUCUUAAACUUUGUACUUAAGUUAUGAAAAAAAUAUAAAUGCGAAAAUUUUUAGGCAGUCUAUAAUUAUUUUAACUGUCACUUUGAGUAUUAACUUAAUUAUUCUGACUAGUCUUAAGAAUCCGUAAGUCUGGAUUUCAUCCAUAGAAUGAGGAUGAUAUAUUCCCGAAUAUAAGAAAAGGUUAAGUAUCGAACUGUAUGUAUCCUGCCAUAGAAGCUUUAAUUAUAAGUAUAUUUUUGUGAAAAUACUCAAUUUUUUAGUAAAAGCUAGAUUUUUUUAUUUUGUGUCUAAAUAACAAAUUCAUGCAAUACGUUUGGUAAGAAAUUAAAUAAAACUUAAUUGUAUAAAAAUAAAUGCACCUGUUAUAAAAUUUUGGAUGCAUUUCAAAAAUAAUUGACAGACAUCAAACUCAAAUUUAAUUCAAAUUAAAAACUUUUGGUUGAUAGCAUGACCAGAGAGUUGACGAGCAUGUCCCUUAUUAAAGAAAUCAGCAAGUAUGUAAUGCAUGUGCUAUCGCCUGACAUUGCUGAUGUCCAUGAGCGAUAAUGUCUACUCGCCAUCAGGCGGGUCGUGUGCUUGUCUAAAAAAUAAAAAGUAGUUUAUUUUUUAACUGGAUAUACGCGCUUUGAAAAAUGUUAACACUCUCCAUUAGCAAGGCUGUCAUUAUUUCAUUGAGAUUGAGUUAUUUUUGUUUACGCUUGCUUGUAAUGUCAAUAAAAAUGCUUUGUCGCUAUUCAAGCGAGGAAAAAAUAGAAUAUUUUUUUCCAGUUUCGGUGGCAUUCCCCUUUUAAGACAAAAUAUACAAUUAAAAUUUGUUUUUUCUUGCGCUUUUGUUCCUCCAAGAUGUAUUAGUUGUAUGUGUGAAAAUGAAAUAUAUCUGCUCGUAUAAUAUAUUAUAAAGGUAAUCUUAUUUUGAGAUUAUAUUAAAUAUCUUGUUAUUAAUUCAAUUCUUGUGCUAUUCAUUCUAAAAAAUAUAU